UUGAAUAAUGAAAAUGGAAGAAGGCAAAGUAUUUUUGAAAAGACGGAGAGAGCUACGUCAACCGGGAAACUUUACAAAGAACACGGAAAACGGGAAAAAAGAUGUAGAAAAAGACAUUUGGACGAAGAGGAAAGAAAACUAGGACAAAGAGAGUUAUUGGCUGUUGCAUCGACUUCUACUACAAAUAACUUGGAACCUCCACAAGAUUUAGACAAAGAACGAAUUCUGAAUUCUGAAGUUAGCUUGCCAGAGAUUCUCUGCGCAGAAAUAAGUUCAAAAAGAGGUAGAAAGAAUCCGAUAUCAUCUAAACUUGUCACAGAUUUACAUGGAUGCCGGCAUAAACAAAUCCUCGAUCCAGCGAAUUUGUACUGA